AUGGCGAGGUCAGGAGGUGGAUGGCCUCAAGAAGCACCGGACCAGCAAAGAAACACGGGUUAUCACUACUACCAAAACCACCCAGCGUUUCGCAAUCAGCAGCACCAAGGACCACAGAUCCCGCGACAGCACGAAACGGCACCACUCCCUCCACCAACCAGCUUGUCCGCAUCAAGUGCGGGCGGCUCAUCUACUCUGGCCUUUUCAUCGCCCUCCUAUCACCAUAGCCAUCACUACGCCCCUACUUCGCCCUUGAGCCGUGGCCCGCCAUAUAGCAGCAGCCGACCGCAACGGCCAUACGGCGCAGAUUAUGCGACGCCGGCAUCACCCGUGAACCAUACGGUUCUCCCGCAGCAUCCGAGGUGGUUCGACUUUCGACGUUCUCCGGAGCCCAGCUCCGCAGCCAGCGAUUGA